CUCCAGCAUUUGGCCCCUAAAUCGACGACAGCGCCACUGGUCCAGAAUCAACGCCUCGUGGUGUGACCCCUACUCCCGUACUUCCCCUGGACGGAGCCGAUUUCAUCCGGAUUGACCGCGUCCGAACCCGCCGAAUUGCCCGUGCCAAGUGUGGGCCGUUGUCUGGCAGGCCUGCCGCCCGUUUCAACCCCGGAUUUGGACCGUGCCGACCAGCACCAUGGCCGACUUUGUUGUGGAACACCAACCACAACAACAACAAAAACAACAACAAAAGAUUUUGGUUCUACAGCGCGAUGGCACCGUGACCGAGCUCAAUCCCGCCCCCAGCGCCCCCGCCACGCCCACCUCGGCCGUCCGACAGGAGAGCGAGCCUGAGCACAUCUUGCCGGAUGAUGAGAGGGAAAUGCGCAUGGAAGACGUGGUGAUCGAAGAAACGCCCCAUUUAGAGGUGGAAUGCGUGGAAGAAGAAGUGACCUUGUCGCCCCAUGGGACUUGUCACGAGUUCAUCGUGGAGAAUGCCGACAACAUGGGCCAGGAAGUGGUGAUUGGCGACGUGGAGGAGGUGGUGGGGGCCGAGGAAGUGGUGGACGCUUCUGAAGACUUGAGUGGCCACGCCAAUGGACUCAGUUCGAGUGAGGCCGAAAUGUCGGUGGCCUUGGACUUGGCCAAGAUGAGUCAAGGUCAUUUCACCGACAACCACACCCUCAACGGACAUCAGUUCUAUGAGGCGGCCGAAGAAGUGGUGGUGGCCGAUGAAGGCCAAACUGUGACGCUCCACCAUCAAGAAGUGACCGGCGAGGACGAGAGUCAGACUGCCAUUCGCGAGUUUUUGCCCAACCAUGAUGAGAUCUCCUUCCAGAAACCCAGACUCUCCUACGCUCAAAUGAUUGCCGAGUCGCUCAUUCAGGCGCCGGAUCGCAUGCUACCUCUGUCCGAGAUCUACGUGUACAUCAGCAAGCGCUAUCCUUUUUAUCGGAUGGACGUCAAGUCUUGGCAAAACGCCAUCCGUCACAAUCUGACCCUGAAUACGGGCUUCACCAAAGUGCCCCGGCCCAAUAACGAAGGUCGCGGCAAUUAUUGGCGGAUCGAGGACGGCGCCGAGAAGAACAUCUUCAAGCGCACCAUUCGCAAUCACUACCAAAACACCAAACCCAAGGACACGGCCAUUUACACCAGCCCAGCCCAAGCGGGUCUCCCUCCCAUGCGUCAAAUCCGAGUUCAAGGAAGCGACUUCUCGUCGGACGAAACCAAUCGGGCCAUUCGGACCAUUCAAAUCAUCCAGGCGCCCAAAGGUGGCGGUCCCGUCGAUCUGAAAGGCGGCAACUUUCAGACCAUCAAACUGAACAAGUCCAUGACUUCGACCAAGGGCCAAGUUAUCUUUAUUGCUUUGCCGUCCAAGUCUUAAACACAUCCGGGUCAACACACGUGUACGUUGGCCAUACGAAAAGGAGGGAGAAAGUGCCAAAAUGAGGGGGAUUAGGGACGAGGGACGACGACCAGUUUCAUAUUUCAUUCAGUGGAAAAUUUCCUUGCUCUUUUUUGCCUCUCUCUCCGUUGGCGAAGAGGAUCUUCGAGGAUCGCUUUUAUCACGCCUAUGGUUGUUCAGAGAGUCUGAUCAGCGUGCCCAUGCAUUCUAGCAGUACAAACACUGGCAUCAGGUCGAAGAACCUCAGCAGUGUCAUCAUCAUUUAUACCACAGCCCAUUGGCCAUGUUUCUCGCCCCCACUAAAAUGCCCACCCACCCAGCAUCUCGAUAUAUAGCUGAGCAAGGCAGCCUUGCCAGCGUUUAAAAUGAUCCCGCGACCUCGUGGAACCGUUCUUCUCUCGGUGGAAAAAUAACCUCGAGGAAAGCCUCUAUUUCGAAAAAGAUAUUUCUGUACACAAACAUGAAACAAGUUGAUUGCAUAUUUCCUAAACAGUACUUGAGAAAACAAAUAAAGCCAGUUGUCUGAAGCUCUGAAACAUCAAGCAUUACGGUCAAUUUGAUACAGAGGUUGCUCUCGAUUUUCAG